AUAUUGCUAUAUUGCACUGAAUUAUUACAGGGAAAGGGAAAGCAGUUGAAAGAGAUCUAACAUGAUGUAGAGGUUUUGAUUUUUAGGAGGUAGAGAGGCUUAUCAUGGGACCACUGUGGAUGAUAUUGCAAAAUACAUUGUGGUUAAGGUUUGUCUCUGGAGCACAUGUUGUGACUGGGAUACUCUUAUGUGAGAACGCAUUAAUAUCUGUAAUAAGUGAAGGAUAGAACUUGUGGACGGUAAUUCCCGUGACAUUUAUGGAGGUAUCUGUGAUGGUUUUUUCCUAUUGAAAAGACAAAUAAGGAGACCCCAAAAAAGUGAGAACAACAAUACACAGAAAAGAAAAUAUCAAUCACUUUUUUUCGUUGAAGACAAAUAGUGUGGUCAAUGACCACUACUCCCCUAUAUGUUGGGUUAGGAGUUCUACUCAUUCUGCAUCGCUGAGGUACAGAAGUUUUGUCUUUGAUGGAAACUGUAGAAGCUGGGCAUGAUGAUGUUAUUGGUUGGUUCGAGCAUGUAUCGGAGAAUGCCUGCAAGGUUCAAAGCGAGACUCUGCGCCGGAUUCUUGAGCUCAACUCCGGAGUGGAGUAUCUGACGAAAUGGCUUGGAACUGUUGAUAUAGAAAAGAUGGACGACUAUACCUUGGAAACUCAUUUUACUUCCUUGGUGCCUAUUGUUUCACAUGCUGAUUUAGAUCCUUAUAUUCAAAGAAUAGCAGAUGGAGAGACUUCUCCAUUGCUUACACAAGAACCCAUCACAGUUCUGUCCCUCAGUUCUGGUACAACAGAAGGAAGACAAAAGUAUGUUCCGUUUACUCGCCAUAGCGCGCAAACUACUCUUCAGAUUUUCCGAUUAUCAGCGGCUUACAGAUCAAGGUUUUAUCCAAUAAGGGAAGGAGGGAGGAUUCUUGAGUUCAUAUACGCUGGGAAGGAAUUUAAGACGCAAGGAGGAUUGACAGUAGGAACGGCCACAGCACAUUACUAUGCGAGUGAAGAGUUUAAAACUAAGCAAGAGACAACAAAGUCCUUCACUUGUAGCCCACAAGAGGUCAUCUCGGGAGGUGAUUUUGGGCAGUGCACGUAUUGUCAUCUCCUACUUGGUCUCCAUUACUCCAGCCAAGUAGAGUUUGUCGCCUCUGCUUUUUCAUACACCAUUGUCCAAGCUUUCUCCUUUUUCGAAGAAAUCUGGAGAGAGAUAUGUGCUGACAUCAAGGAAGGCAAUCUCAGCUCAAGAAUCACUCUGCCCAAGAUGAGGAAAACUGUAUUGGCUCUGAUCAGACCAAACCCGUCUCUAGCUUCCCAUAUUGAAGAGAUCUGCAUGGAGCUGGAAUCAAAUCUCGGAUGGUUUGGUUUAAUCCCAAAACUAUGGCCAAAUGCAAAAUUCAUCUCCUCAAUCAUGACCGGUUCCAUGCUGCCGUACCUGAAAAAACUGAGGCAUUACGCUGGCAGCUUGCCUCUGGUGAGCGCAGAUUAUGGGUCAACCGAGAGCUGGAUUGGUGUGAACGUUGAUCCUCAUCUUCCCCCAGAAGAUGUGACCUUUGCCGUGAUUCCAACUUUUAGUUACUUCGAGUUUAUACCACUUUACAGGCGCCAGAAUGAAUCAGACAUAGGCAGUGACGGUGACUUUGUCGAAGAGAAACCUGUUCCACUUUCACAAGUCAAACUCGGACAAGAGUACGAACUUGUUCUUACCACCUUCACAGGUCUUUACAGGUACAGAUUAGGAGACGUCGUUGAAGUAACCGGUUUUCACAAAGGCACACCGAAGCUAAGUUUCAUAUACAGAAGAAAACUCAUCUUAACCAUCAACAUUGACAAGAACACAGAGAAGGAUCUUCAGAGAGUGGUUGAUAAGGCGUCUCAGCUUCUGAGCCGAACCACACGAGCAGAAGUUGUUGACUUUACAAGCCAGGCAGACGUUAUCGCUCGUCCCGGUCACUACGUCAUAUACUGGGAAAUCAGAGGAGAAGCAGAGGAUAAGGCUCUUGAAGAAUGCUGCAGGGAGAUGGAUACUGCUUUUGUGGACUAUGGUUACGUUGUGUCGAGGCGCAUGAACUCGAUCGGACCGCUCGAGCUACGAGUUGUGGAACGAGGCACGUUUGGGAAAGUGGCGGAACGGUGCGUUGGGAAAUGCGGUGGCUUGAACCAGUUUAAGACUCCUAGGUGUACGACCAAUUCGGUUAUGCUUAACAUACUUGAUGAUUCUACUAUCAAGAGAUUUCGGAGUUCGGCUUAUAACUAGAAAAACCUGAUUUCUAAAUUUAGUUUGGUGUUUUUAUCUUUCUGAAUCUGUGGCGGCUGUGUUAAUGUAUGCAGAUUUGACCAUUUACAAAUGAAGAAUAAAGUAACUUUUUGAUUUAAAA